AGCACCCAGAGAGCCAGCACAAAAAAAUGGAAUCAAGAAAGCUGCAGCACUGGAGGCUUUACCUGCUGUCGCUGGUGUUGGGAAUUGGGGGGUCCUUCCAGUAUGGGAUUCACGUUUCUGUCAUCGCUUCUCCAGCAGUGCAUAUUCAGAGCUUUGUGAACCACACAUGGUUGUUGAGGUAUGGCGCUCCAGUAGAUGAUUCCACCAACCAGCUCAUUUGGUCCUUCAUCGUGUCUGUGUUGAGCCUUGGAGCCUGGGCCGGGGCUAUUCACAGCGGCAGCCUUCCUGUCAUCUAUGGCAGGAAAAAAGCUCUCUUGUUCAAUAACGUUGUGGCGAUUGUCGCUGCUCUCAUGAUGCUCUUCAGUCGCAUGGCCCAGUCUUUUGAGAUGAUCUUGGUGGGAAGAUUUCUCUAUGGGUAUAAUGUUGGUCUGGGCUUGAGUGUACACCUCAUGUAUCUCGGCGAGUGUUCUCCAAAGAAACUGAGAGGAUUCAUGACGCUCACCGGCUCAAUCUUCAUCGGAUUUGGAAAAGUCAUGGGUCAAAUAAUUGGCAUCAAGGAGCUGAUGGGAACCGAAGAAAUGUGGCCAUACCUCUUAGCUAUCAGUGGUAUUCCUGCCAUCCUGCAGUUUGUGACUCUGCUUUUCUUCCCUGAGACACCUCGAUACCUUUACAUCGACAAAGGAGACACGGAAGGCAGCAAAAAAGCCUUGCAGUGGCUGUGGCAGGAAGACAACUUAAAGCUGGAGCUUGACGACAUGCAGAAAGAGAAAGAGAGCACACAGGGAGAGAAGGCGAAGACUGUGAAGGAUGUACUCAGCUCUCGCUGUGUGAGAUGGCAGCUACUGACUCUGCUCAUCCCCUGUGCUGGAGUUCAGCUCUGUGGCAUCAACGCUCUGUAUUUUUACGCCUUUGACAUCUUCCGUGAGUCUGGAGUGCCAGAAGACCAGAUGCAUUACUUGUCCAUUGGUCUUGGAGCAACAGAGCUCAUCACUGUAACACUGUGUUCCUUCUUGAUAGAUCGUGCCGGCAGAAAGAAGCUGAUGGGCUAUGGCUAUUUACUGAUGGGUAUCACCAUGGUUGCUCUUACCAUCAUGCUAUCCAUCAAGGAUCUGAAUUCAUGGAUCCCUUAUGUGAACAUCGCCCUGAUCUUUUGUGUCAUCUGCAUUUAUGGACUUGGACCUUCCGGAGUGUCUAUGGUUCUUCCUGCUGACCUCUUCCUACAAGCCUGGCGUCCUUCCGCUUAUGUGAUCAGUGGGUCUGUCAACUGGCUUUGCUUGUUCCUCGUGGGGAUGUUGUUCGUCUAUAUAGUGAAUGGACUCGGGCAGUUCUGCUUCCUGAUUUUCGUGGUUUACACCUUUUUGAGUGCAGCAUUUCUGUUAUAUUUUGUCCCUGAGACCAAAGGAAAGACAAUGGUAGAGAUCAUGGAGGACUUCAACAAACUGAAUUACAAGAACAGGGGCGCUGACAAUGAAAGGACUGAUGUCACUCUUGCAACUCAAUUUUAACAUGUUAAUUUAUAGUUUUUUUUUAACCACUUUCUUACUGCAUCUGAACACUUUAUCUUGGUUUAUCUGCUUAAGGAGGUGAAAAGUGGCAAAUACAGUUAUCUAAUCACUUUUUUGUUCUUGCUGUUUGUUUUAAUAUGCUCCCCUGCCUUCUUAUGGGGGCAAUUCAACUUACAAACAAAUGGUAUUUAGGACUGUUUAACCAACAUGAAACAAAGCCUGACCAAAAAGAGAAGGAUAUAUUUAGAUUGACUGUGGACAUGUUGAUAAACUGUCAAUUGCACUCAGUGUUGCUAUAUAUAUUUCCAAAUAAAAACCCCAGAAGGUAACAGGAGCUUCUGAAGUGCUUAAAUAUCAGUAAACCUGCUCUCCUCACCUGCUCAUACUUUACACCCUUUCACAUCCUUCACUUGAACUGACAUUUAAAUUUAUUUUAUUUAAUAUACUUCAA